GUUCAAUCUAUGGUUAAACGCAUUCUUGCCUUUUGGGCACCCGUAUGCCUCGUGUUCUUACGCAAUGCGCUUGCGUAGUACGAAACAUUAGCUUGCACAUGUGUCUCCGACUUGGAGUAGCAAAAUGGUGAAGGCCACAAGAUCUAAAAAGACACCAAGUAAGGUUUUGAAGAAUGGCGAUGAAGACACUAACGUCACAAUCAAAGGCAAGCGCAAAGUGGGAACUACUGGAGAAACGUCACCGCCCAAGCAAACUAAACUCAUCAAUGAUGGUUAUUGUGUGUUUGUUGGCAACUUAAACAACUCUGAAACAUUUGAUGAAGUCAAUAGUUCAUUAGAAAACUACUUCAUGACACAAAGUCUUCUGGUACAAGACAUCAGAUUAGCUCCAUCCAGAAAACAUGCAUUUAUUGAUUUGGCCUCUGAGAUUGAUGUGACUAAGGCUUUGUCACUGGAUGGAGAGAUGCUUCUUGGUCAGCCAGUGACUAUUGCGAAACCCAAAGUCAAAACUGUGGACUAUGUGAAAAAGAAAGCGAAGCCAAAACGGGACAAGAAAGAUGCAAGAUGUUUGUUUUUGAAGAAUGUCCCAUAUGAGGCAAAAAGGAGAGACAUUCGGAAGAUUUUCCCAAAAGCAGUUAAAAUCAGGUUUCCUGGCAAGGCUAAGAACCCAGACAGAGGUAUCGCCUUUUUGGAGUUUAAAAAUGAAAGAGUUGCUUGCAAAAUGAGGGAAAACAAUCAAGGAGCCAAGAUCCAAGACAGGCUUCUCAUUGUUGACUCUGUCAGAGCGGGCAGCAGUGACAAAAAUGUCAACAAGAAAACAACAAAUAAAGAAGUUCCUCCAAGCACCACACUCUUUGUCAGCAACCUUCCUUUCAAAGUGAAGGAAAAGGACGUUAAAAAAGUUUUUAAGAACGCUGGCACUAUUGUUAUACCUAACAAGGAUGGCAAAGCAAUAGGAUAUGCCUUUGUGGAGUUUGCCACUGUGGCAGAUGCUCAACAAGCCCUAACAGACGCCAAAAAUGUGAGGGUUCGAAAGAGGCCGGUGAGAGUCGAAUUCUGUAAAAUGAGACAAAGGCCAGAGAUUGGAGAAGUGGACUCCAAAAAGCUGAUUGUUUGGGGACUAGGUGAGAAGACAACGCCAGAGAUUCUUCGAAGUGCUUUUGAGGGGUGUCUCUCUGCAAAAGUUGCCAGAAAUAAAAAGACAGGAGAGUCAAGAGGGUUCGGUUUUGUGGAGUAUGAGACUGAAGAAAUGUGUUCAGCUGCCAAAGAGGCCAUGGAGGACAGCGAGAUCAAUGGAAGCAAAGUCAGAAUGUGUUACGCAAGGUCCAAAGUGAAAAGUGCUGGUCCAGGACCAAGACGUGGUGCUGACGGGACGCAACGCGAUGUUCAAGUGGAAAAUGAAGCGGAAGAACCGCACCAUUGAGUGUAUUGGCCACGUUUUUGCUGAAAAGCGGCAGACCGAUGAUCGGAGGUCGAUCAUCACUAAACUUGUGCACUUUGGACACCCGAUGUGCUCGUCGUGAGUUGGUGACAUUGAUUUAUCCCAUUCCAUCCAGGUUCCUGCUGAGGGCAUCAUUGCUGCUGCUUUCUUUACUCCUGAUCUUCACCCGUGGCCUUGGCUUCUGGGCUUAGGCCGCAGAUGAGCUCGAAGCAGGUCGGCAACUUUUGUGCGACACGUGGUUUGCUGAAUCUACUCUGCUUUGACAAGGGAUCCCGCAACAUCAUUUCGCAUUGAUGGCAAAGAGGAUCCUGUAAGUGCGGUAACCAUCGAACCAAAAAUGGAACCCCCACAGCAACCAACUGAAUUUUGAAGUGGAUCUGACAUUUAAAAAAAAAAAAAAUACACAUUUUUGUAUUAUUCAAAAUAAAACCCCUGUGUUUUUUUAGCAUUUCUGAAUGCUAGCAAGAAUUAAAAAAACAGGAUGUUUAUGUUCAGUCUGUAAUAUGUAAAAACCCCCACUUUUUGUGACGAAUGUAUCUCAUGAAACAUUAUUUUGAAGUAUGAAAGACACAACAAGCAUGCACUAAAGGAAGGAUUGGAAGUCUACUGUACCAUUUAUAGGGAAUAUCCGCAACCUGAGGGAAGAAACUCCGUUUAUGAUUUUUGUUGGAGUAGAAGAUUUAUUUUUCCAAGUGUACAAAUGCCAUUAGAUUAGGCCCCAAGAUAAUUAAAAUGUGCACACAAAAUGCUAAAUUGUGGCCACAAAAUAACUAAAUUAUAACUACCUAAUAAGCAUAAUGUGCCUACAAAAUACUAAUUUGUGGGUUUUGUAUUUCACUAAACGACUUGGAGAUGUCUAUGCAAAUAGAGCGCCACCUUGGCUGGAAAAUGCUAGUCUUUAUUUUUUUUCUUAUUCAAAUGCCUCUCACUAAGGCACGGUGGAAUAUUGUCACCUACUUUAUACUUUUUGAUCUAUGUAAGAAUUAUUAUUAUUUUUUUACAAUGUUUAGAUAUUAAACAGGUUGAGACAUACUGGGUUAUGCAGUAUCAAAUACAAAUUAUGUUUAUAAUUAGUGAUACUGAUUCACUGAUUUAGUUGAAAAUUUUGCAAGGUGUUUCUUACAUCAUAUCACAUCAUAAAAAUUAAGAUGACUCAAUGUUCCGCAGGGAUUGCUUGCAUGGAAACAUGCAGGGAAACACACACAGUAGAUUGAUUGGAGAGUCUAAAUUCCCCGUCGGUGUGAACGUGAGUGUAAAUGGUUAUUUGUUCUAAUGUGCCCUGCGAUUGGCCGGCGACCAGUUUAGGGUGUACUCCGCCUCUCAUCCGAAGGUACCUUGGAUAGGCUUCACCCUGCCUGCGAUUCUUGUGAGGAUAAGUGGUCAGAAAAUGGAUGGAUGUGAAUUUCAUUGAAUGUAAGUGGAAAAGGACUUGCAAAUUAUCGCGUUCUGUUUUUAAUUCUCUUUACACAAGGUCCCAACUUCUUUGGAAUUGGGUACAUUCAGCAGUGAGUGACAUGUCAUGCACACUUUUACUGUAUUUUCCAACCUUUAUUAACCCUUGGCAAAUAAGAAUGUUAGGAAAGCUACACGAUUGAUGAUAAAUUAAUAAGUUCCAGAACAAUAAAGUGAAAUUGGAUCAUUUUAUGCCUGAUGAUAUUUCA